GCCAGGUUGCAAGAGCUACACACUGCGGCUCUGUCCGGUCACGGCAGAGAGGGGUGUCCUACUAACUUCACCAAAACUUUCACGAAACUCAGUCAUCAGAAAAACACUGACUGAAUGACAAAAGUGUCGCAACUCGCUUCACUCCUGCUUUAAUGAAACUUUAACUACUUUAUGUUGCUUCUUGUUUUUUCUGAUUUUUACCUAAGACCGAGGCACUGGCCGCACAUCCAGUUUGAUAAGUUUUGAAUGAGCCGGGUCACGUUUGCGUAAAGAUUUUUGUCUCUUUUUCCCCCUUAUUUUAAUUUCACGUUGGGAUAACGUUUUUUGUUUUUUGUCAUUUAAGACUCGUGAUGGCUGUCCUGUCACUAGCUUUACUACUUGUAGGACUGACUUCAGCUGCCAAGGCUGGUGAAGUAGAUAGAGAGGACCAGUUGAAGAGCCGGCUGAAAGAAUACGGCCUGGUCACCCCCUUCAGCACCGACUCCCACGGACACUACCUGUCACACCUGCUCUCCGCCACUCACAAGCAGCGUGUUAAGAGGGAGGUGCUUGAAAACGGUGAAACUGAACAGAGGCUUUUCUUCAACAUCACUGCCUUCGGAAAGGAGUUUCACCUUCGUCUGCGGCCGAACAGCAGGCUGGUGGCACCUGGCGCGAUGGUGGAGUGGCACGACGAGGUCCCGGGAUUCAGAAACGGCAGUGCUGGCAACGAUUCUAGCGUGGGCGCCAACCAGACUGAAUCCACCAAUGGCACGGAGAGGAUACUGCGCCGUGAGCUGCUCAAGACAGACUGCACCUUUACCGGUGACAUCACAGACGUCCCCGGGGCCUCGGUUGCCAUUAACAACUGCGAUGGGUUGGCUGGGAUGAUUCGCACCGAAUCGGAUGAGUACUUCAUCGAGCCGCUGGAGAAAGGCACUCAGGAGCUGGAGGACCAGGGCAGGGUCCACGUGGUUUACCGCAGGUCAGCUCUGCUGCAGACUCCCUUGGACAUCUCUGUGGAUUACCAGCUACAAGAACCGGAGCUCGAUGUUCCCGGGACCCUCGACUCAGUAACCCGACAGGUGAAUGAGACGGUCCGGCGCCGCAGACGGAGGGACGCUGGAGAGGACGACUACAACAUCGAAAUCCUGCUGGGAGUCGAUGACUCAGUGGUCCGAUUUCACGGCAAGGAGCAUGUGCAGAAUUACCUGCUCACACUGAUGAACAUAGUGAAUGAGAUUUACCAUGACGAGUCUCUGGGAGUCCACAUCAACGUGGUGCUGGUCAGGAUGAUUAUGCUGGGGUAUGCCAAGUCCAUCAGCCUCAUUGAGAGAGGCAACCCAUCGCGGAGCCUGGAGAACGUGUGCCGCUGGGCCUUUGUGCAGCAGAAAGGCGAUCCCGAUCACGCCGAACACCACGACCACGCAAUUUUCCUCACUCGCCAAGGCUUCGGCCCCACAGGGAUGCAGGGUUACGCUCCGGUCACAGGAAUGUGCCACCCAGUCCGGAGCUGCACCCUGAACCACGAAGACGGCUUCUCCUCCGCCUUUGUUGUGGCUCAUGAGACCGGACACGUGUUGGGCAUGGAGCACGAUGGCCAAGGCAACCGCUGUGGGGACGAAACGGCGAUGGGAAGCGUGAUGGCCCCGCUGGUGCAGGCGGCCUUCCAUCGAUACCACUGGUCAAUGUGCAGCGGGCAGGAGCUGAAGCGAUACAUCCACACGUAUGAUUGUCUCCUGGAUGACCCCUUCAAACAUGACUGGCCGGAGCUUCCUGAACUUCCUGGCAUCAACUACUCGAUGGAUGAACAGUGUCGAUUUGACUUCGGGGUCGGCUACAAGAUCUGCACUUCCUUUCGCACAUUUGACCCGUGUAAACAGCUGUGGUGCAGCCACCCAGACAACCCCUACUUCUGUAAAACCAAGAAAGGGCCACCUCUCGAUGGGACCGAGUGUGCACCUGGAAAAUGGUGCUACAAAGGUCACUGCAUGUGGAAAAACCCUAAUCAGGUCAAGCAAGAUGGUGCCUGGGGCUCCUGGAGCAAAUAUGGUUCCUGCUCACGCUCCUGUGGAACUGGAGUUCGAUUACGGACACGUCAGUGCGCCAACCCUGCCCCAUCGAACGGCGGCCAGGACUGCCCAGGAGUAAACUACGAGUACCAGUUGUGCAACGCAGAUGACUGUCCCAGGCACUUUGAAGAUUUCAGAGCUCAGCAGUGCCAGCUCCGCAACUCCCACUUUGAAUUCCAAAAUGCCAAACACCACUGGCUGCCCUACGAGCAUCCUGAUGCAAACAGGAGAUGCCACUUGUAUUGCCAGUCCAAGGACACAGAAGAUGUGGCGUACAUGAAGGUGCUGGUGCAUGAUGGGACACGAUGUUCUUACAAGGACGCCUACAGCAUCUGCGUGCGUGGAGAGUGUGUGAAAGUUGGCUGUGACAGAGAAAUUGGCUCUAGCAAGGUUGAGGACAGAUGUGGGGUUUGCGGUGGAGACAAUUCUCACUGCCGCACCGUCAAAGGAACCUUCACCCGCACGCCGAAGAAAGCUGGUUACCUUAAGAUGUUUCUCAUUCCUCCUGGAGCUAGACAUGUGAUCAUCCAAGAACAUGAGGCCUCCCCUCACAUUCUUGCAAUCAAGAACCAGGCGACGGGGCAUUACAUCCUCAACGGCAAAGGAGAGGAGGUCAAGUCCAGAAGCUUCAUCGACUUGGGCGUUGAAUGGCAUUACAUCAUCGAGGGCGACGUAGAGACGCUGCAGACCGAUGGCCCUCUGCACGACCCCGUGGUGGUGCUGAUUAUACCAAAGGACAAUGAGACACGGUCGACUCUGAUGCUUAAGCUCACUGGGUUUCAGUACACCAAGUAUGGAUGUCGGAAAAAGGGAGACACCAAGAUGGUUCAUCGAGGCUACUGCGACGCUGGCAAGAGGCCCAAACCCAUCCGAAGAAUGUGUAACCUUCAGGACUGCACACAGCCUCAAUGGAUCUCAGAAGAAUGGGAGCACUGUACCAAAACCUGCAGCAGCCUAGGCUUUCAGAUCCGAACCGUUCACUGCGUACAGUUCCUGCAUGAUGGCACGAACCGCUCCAUCCACAGCAAAUACUGCAGCGGCGAGAAGCCCGAGAGCCGAAGGCCCUGUAACAGAGUGCCGUGUCCUGCCCAGUGGAGGACCGGAGCCUGGUCAGAGUGUUCUGUGACGUGUGGAGAGGGGAUAGAAAGGCGUUUGAUCACCUGCCGGAUUGGAGAUCAGUGUAACGGAGAAAAGCCCGAAAACGUGAGGCCGUGCAAACCUGGACCCUGCCACGAUGAGCCGUGUAAUGGGGACAAAUCCAUCUUCUGCCAAAUGGAGGUGUUAGCGAGAUACUGCUCUAUCCCAGGCUACAGCAAGCUGUGCUGCGACUCCUGCAGUAAGCGCACCGGAGCCCUGUCUAUGUUCUCGGAGGCGGCUGAGACCGAGGAACACGUUCGCUUCGGAUCAGCCUCGCAGCUCCUUGAGACGUUAACGGCCGCAGUAGCGGCCAACGGCACUCGCGGUGGGAAACAAGGCAAAGGAUCCGCCACAUCGGGCGGUGCAGCAAAACACAUCACCACGCCUGCUCCAGUUAAGAAAACCCCAUCAAAGAUCGCUACAGCACCAAGGCGGGUUCCACGACAUGCAGACCUCACUGACAGGAAGCUGUCCACCCAGGCUGGUCCUACUCAGGGUCAAAGGUCAAGCAGUCUGGUGGACAGUCGGCAGCCUGUGGCAUAUUCUGAAGUGGAGCGAUGAAAGUCAUAGCUUUUGCCUUUAGGACUCGUAAUGUACAGUAGAUAAUCCAGCUUCAUCCUGAGUCUUCUCACACCAGAAAACACAGAGAAAGAAAGAAAAGUGCUGGUUCACUUUGUAAGAAUUUGACCCUGAUACGGACUCUAAAUAUCUCUUUAACCACCUGCAGCUUCCAGAUUGCUGAGGCUGAAACAGCCGUGCUACUUUGCCCUCAUACUUCCAUAUUAAUAUGAAACAAAUAUGAAAUCAUUUCAAGGUGUAGGGGCACGUGAGCCACGGGGAGUUUUCAACCGUGUCAAAUGAAAAGCUAAAUUACGUUCGUAGUGAAUACUUUCAGGGAUACAAAACAGCCAAAGGACAGUUCAGUAUUCAAAAGAUGUUUGUCGCUCGGACUCAUACAUUCCCGAUGUCUGACAUUUAUUUCAUUUUAUCACCUUGUUCAGGCAAAUGUUUCUCUAAUGUCACCUGCACAGUGAAAACUGAGAGAGCAGGUGGAGGAAGGUGUCUGCAUUGCCCCUCCGGACGAGCUGUCGCCUGGUCUCGUUACUGAAUAAACCAGACCCCUGCUGCCUGCAGAGCAGCUAUGCUGCUGCAGGUAUCCAGAGAGAACGUGUGAGCAGGUGCAGAGACCAGAGCUGUGUAGAUUUAGUAGACUCAGAGAGUAAAUAGAUGCAAGAAUUGGUUUAAAUGCCUCUUGCAUUUCAGUUCAUUUAAAAGUGACUCCACUAAAGGCCGCCCACAUGGAAAAACUUCUAUGAUUUACUCAUGAAAGUGGCCACUUUCUCAUUACUUUCAUAUAUUGU